AUGGGUGGGGGAGUGGCAACGGCGGUUGAGUAGCUGUGACAAUUUCAGCUUCAUAUAACGUACGUUACAUAUUAGUGACUAGUGAUACAGAAUCAUGGAUACUUCUACAUUAUAGAACAACUGAUAAAUGAAGCAUUUAGGAAACAUCUAACAACAGAGACGGUGAAAGGGCAUCAUUAUUUUGUAGCAGAAUGGGAGAAGUAUAAGCGAAAUGUGUGGAGUUUCUGGUGGCAACAUUCCACUUCCCGCCAGAGAUCAUGUAUCGAUACGAUGGUGAAGGUAACGUGGUAGACAGAUACGGAGGGAACGUCCGGAUGGUAGAAACUGUCGCUGAGAUAUUCAACUUCUCAAUACAUUACGUAGAGCCUCCACAUGGUAUCCUGUGGGGAUACGAACUGACAAAUGGAUCUUGGACGGGUUUGGUGGGCGUGUUUGAGAGAGGUGAUGCGGACAUAGGCAUUGCUAACCUUUUCAUCUCGGAUUUGGGAGGACGACACAAGCAUCAACACUAUACUUCAUCUUACGGACAGCAGAAGCUGGCAGCUCAAUACAGUGUAAUGAUGGACUUCGAGGAGGUUUACAAGCAUCUGGUUGCUGGACAGGGCGCGUACAUGGCCUCGCGUAACAACCUUAUCUACACGAUAUCCCUGUACUCCAAAAGCGGCAUUCCCACCCUAAGGCUAAUGAAGGAGUGCUUCCAGCCAUACAGCACAGCGUUAGGUGUGCAGAGUAAUUCUCCUCUCAAACGAAAUCUGGACCGAGCAGUAACCUGGAUUGCAGAGUCCGGCAUGCCCUACCAGUGGGUGCGGGAGACGCUGAUGAUUGUUCGGAAGGACAGAAAAGCAACAUCCGACGUCACUGUAAACAUCAUUAGUUCUGAGAGUGGAAGCCGCAUCUCUUUCAGCAUGGAACACUUGCAAGGUGUGUUCAUCAUGUUUGGAGUCGGUUGUGGUUUGUCUUUCCUUGUGUUCCUAACAGAAAUACCAUUUUACCAAUAAGCGGGAUAUUCGAUAUGCACUUGUGCCUUUCAGUUCCUAUCCCAUAUAUGUAUGGAACUCUCUACCAUUAUUACGAUUCUUUUUCUCUUUGAAUUAUUUUUGUUUUACCCGCACAAAAAUGUUAUGUUAACUGGUGUUGAGUCUACAGUUAAUGAUAUUUUGUUCAUCUAAAAUAUAAUGCAUCUAUAUGACAUUGCCUGAUUAUGUUACAUUUCAUAUCUUCAACAAGGAUGGUUGGUGGUUACUUAUCGAAACAUUAUUUUCUUAUUGUAAUAGUUGCUGUUUUGAUGUAAAAUCCUGCUAAGA